AUGACUGAAAGUGCUAUAGAUGACCAAAGGUUUAAUCUUACAAAGGAGUUACAACGACACUCAUGCAGAGAUCAAGGGAAAAUAACACAAAAGGAUGAUGCUUUAGAUUUUAUAAGUUACAGUUCUUUUCAAUCCUCUUUUAAUACUGACCAAAAAAGCGCGAACAAUGGAAGUACUGUGAGAAGAAGCAUAAGGUCGAUUUUUAGAAGAGCAGCCGAAUUGCCUAGAGUCCAUAUGGGGCCUCUUACUUAUUCACAUGGGAUAAAUGAGCUUGUUAACAAGAAAUUAAGAAAAGACUGUGAUCUCAGCACGCUAUGUCGCGUAUUGCAAAGAGGAAUCAGGAUGAUUAGGAUGACAAGAAGAAGAAGGAAGUUCUAUGAAUUUAAAUUAAUCAAUAACAACGGGCAAAUAAUAUGGAAAGAUGGUUCGAAGUAUCUGGAAUUAGACUCCGUUAAAGACAUCAGAAUCGGUGAUACGGCGAGUACUUAUCAAGAGGAAGUAGAUCCGAAAAGAUUGAGAUCGGACAGUAAACUUUGGAUUGCUAUUAUUUAUAAGGUUUCCAACAAAUUGAAAGCGUUACACGUAGUUGCUUUGAAUGAAUUGGACUUUAACACAUUCUUAAGCUGCAUUUGCGGUUUAGUGAAGUUAAGGAGGGAAUUAAUGGAAAGCAUACUUUUGCCUGAUAAUUCGCAAUUCGCUAGGAUACAUUGGCAAAUUACUGUUUCUGAAAAAGAGGAAGAUGAGAAAAAGGACACAUUGAGCUUUGCAGAUGUGAAGAAACUAUGUGAUAAAUUUCAUAUUUAUGUGUCAACUGGUCAAUUGUUAGAGUUUUUCCAAUUAGCAGACAUCAAUCAUAACGGACUAUUAAAUUAUUUUGAAUUUGAAAAGUUCAUUAAAAUCUUAAAGAAUAGGAAAGAGGUAAAUAUGAUUUGGUCUAAAUUUACAAAACCUCCACACUCCCACUUAUCAUUUGAAAAUUUUUUUCAAUUUUUAAUUACAGAGCAGCAUGAGCAAGUGGAUCGUCAAACUGCAUGGUCAUAUUUUAUUAAGUACAGAGAACCGACUCAGCUGACGAUGGGGCAAGAUGGUUUUACCAAGUUCUUGAAGGAGCAACCAUAUUUGGUGGAGGUUAAAGAGGAGUUAUAUUCAAAGCCAUUAAACCAUUAUUUUAUUGCAUCUUCACAUAAUACUUAUUUAUUGGGGAAACAAAUUGCAGAAACUCCAUCUGUGGAGGGAUAUAUUCAAGUCCUACAACAAGGUUGUAGGUGCGUAGAAAUUGAUAUAUGGGAUGGUGAAAAUGGGCCAGUGGUAUGCCAUGGAUUUUUAACGUCAGCUAUUCCCUUAAAAACAGUUAUACGCGUGAUAAAGAAGUACGCUUUUAUAACGUCUCCGUAUCCUUUGAUUAUUUCACUGGAAAUAAACUGUAACAAGGAUAAUCAAAAAUUGGCAAGCCUGAUAAUGAGAGAGGUUUUAGCAGAACAGCUGUACUUUGUUGGCACAAGAACUGAUAAACUGCCAUCACCAAGGGAAUUAAAACAUAAAAUACUGUUGAAAUCCAAGAAGACGAGUGAAGCAACUAGAGGUCUUAGCGUUAAUGAGCCAUUUCCAUCUUCUUUUAGUUCUUCUUACGAAUCAGCUAAUGAACAGGAAUUAAGAAUGAAAGAUGACUCCACGAACAGUAGUAGCGCAACAAAUUCUUCUAGUAUGCAACGCAUCAAAAGAAUUGGAUUAAAAAAGCACGCUGAUAUAAUUAAUGAUGUUUCUAACAUUUCUGGAAUACAUGGCAUCAAGUUCAGGAAUUUCUCUUUACCAGAGUCCAAAACGAUAGCGCAUUGUUUUUCACUGAAUGAGCGCAAAGUAGAAUACAUGAUAAAAGACAAACACUUAAAAUUAUCGUUGGAUAAACAUAAUAGAAGAUAUUUGAUGAGAGUCUAUCCUCACGUUUUACGAUACAAAUCAUCAAAUUUUAACCCAAUACCUUUUUGGAAGGCCGGUGUACAAAUGGUGGCUACGAAUUGGCAAACUAAUGAUAUUGGACAGCAACUUAAUCUGGCAAUGUUUCAAAUAUUAGAUCACCAACCUGAUGGAAGUUUUAAAUCAGGAUACGUGCUAAAACCAAAAAAGUUGCUACCUGUAGUAACAAAGGCGAAAAUGAUUCCAUUAAUUUACGAACAUUUUGAAAAUGGUAGUGAUCCUGUUACUGUUAAAAUUCGAAUUUUAUCUACACAGUUAUUGCCCAGAUUGAAUGAUACAUCGCCAAGCAGAAAUAACACCAAUUCCUUUGUUAAAGUGGAGUUUCAUACCGAUGACGAGCCGACAAUGCCCAUCUCAAUCGAUAAGGGUACAAGGAUUUCUGCCACUGAAGCAUCCACUAAGAGUUCUCAAGGGAAUGGAUUCAACCCAAUAUGGGAUGCUGAAGUUUCUAUCACAUUGAAAGAUACAGACCUCACAUUUAUAAAAUUCAUGGUUAUCUCUGAAGAGACCCAGAUUGCAUCUGUUUGCCUUAAGCUGAACUAUUUGAGGAUGGGAUAUCGUCACAUUCCGUUGUUUAACAUGGAGGGGGAACAAUACAUAUUUUGCACUUUAUUUAUUCAUACACAAAUUUUAUAG